GUCUGAUACGCAGUAGAACCAUCUGCAACGGAGCGGGAGGCAGAACUUGCAUUGAGCGAUAGUUGCAGAUUGGACAAAAGUGUUAAGAAAUGCUGCUGUUUGGGAGAUGGCCGGAAGACCCGCGUUCAACUUCAAUCGGGCUUAGUUAGCUGCACGCUCAGUAGCCGGCAGCGACUUCUGGAAGGCUCCGCUGCCAGAUCUACCCCAACAGUGAGUGACUUUCCUUGGAGCUCCCCCGAAGUCUGUGGUCUCCUGUCUUUGGAUCUGGUUCGGGCGUCCGGCAGCUUGGAUGUCCUCUCGCCUCAGUUCCCAAGAAGAUCAGCUGUGAGCUUCCUCCAGCUGCCACUGCUCCGUACCUUUUCUUCCCAAAUUCCCUGCCAAAGAUCUCGCAGCCUAGGUAGACUCUCUCCCGCUUGCCGGCUGAAUGGAAUCCUUCCUUUAACUGGCGACUUCUGAAAAGAGAGACCUUUUUUUUUUCUUGAGUGGCAGCUUGUUAUGUGGAGCUGAGAAGACACACAAAUUUCCCUUCUGCCAUGGGAUGCUCGCUUGCAGCUACUGAUAGCAUAAAAGAAGCAGAAGCAGGAGGAGAACUCAACGCUUUCCCCAGCCUGCUAGAAGAGAGGCUGUUAAGCAAUGGCACCAACGAGUCCCUGCAGGAGUUCUGGAGAAGCUUCCUCAAGCUGGAGAGAGCAGAUGGACUACAGGGAGGCAGUUCUAUCGUCCUCCGGAUCUUCAUCUCCAUCAUCUACUCUGUGGUGUGCGCCCUCGGUCUAAUUGGCAACGUGCUGGUGCUCUACCUGAUGAAAAGCAAAUGGAAAAAGUCUUCCAUCAAUCUCUUUGUGAUCUGUUUGGCAAUGACUGAUUUCCAGUUUGUCCUGACUCUGCCCUUCUGGGCAGUGGAGAAUGCUCUGGAUUUCACCUGGCUCUUUGGCAAAAUCAUGUGUAAGAUGCUUUCCUAUGUGACAGCCAUGAACAUGUAUGCCAGUGUUUUCUUUCUCACUGCCAUGAGCGUUGCCCGCUACCAUGCAGUGGCCUCUGCCCUGAAAAGCAGGAAACGAGGAGGGCUCUUAGAUGGCUGCUCUUCAGCUAAAUGGUUGUGUGCACUCAUAUGGAUCCUAGCCAUUCUAGCUUCUCUGCCCAAUGGCAUCUUCUCCACCACCUCCACUAUCUUUGGUGAGGAGUUCUGUCUGGUCAAGAUACCUGAUAGCCAAGGCAACAAUACUCCAUUCUGGUUGGGGCUCUACCAUGCCCAAAAGGUCCUGCUGGGCUUUCUGUUGCCUUUGACCAUCAUCACCCUUUGCUACCUUUUGCUGGUGCGCUUCAUUAGUGACAGACAUGUGGGUGCCGGUUCCUGUGGGCCAAGUACUAAGCGCCGAUCCAAGGUGACCAAAUCAGUGACUAUUGUGGUACUGUCCUUCUUCCUUUGCUGGCUGCCCAACCAGGCACUCACUACCUGGGGUGUCCUCAUCAAACUGAACCUUCUGCACUUCAGCCAUGCUUACUUUCUCUCUCAGGCAUACCUCUUCCCCAUCACAGUCUGCCUGGCACAUUCCAACAGCUGCCUCAAUCCCAUCUUCUACUGCCUCAUGCGCAGGGACUUCCGUAAAGCCCUCAAGAAGCUGUUGUGGAGGAUUGCUUCACCCUCCACCACCACCAUGCGCCCAUUCACGGGUACCAGCAAGCCUGAGCAGGAAGAGCAGGUACUGAAGAACCUAAUGACCAUUCAGCCUGCAAGCAGUUCUGCUCCUCCUCUUCUUCCUCCUGCUAGAGCAGAUGUUCCUGAUGCCAUCUGUUAUCCCCCUGGGAUGGUGAUGUACAGUAGCUGCUCUAAUAUUGUUCCUUCCAUCACUUCCAUUGAGCUGUAUUGUUGAGUCUGAGAGACUGACACCAAUGAAGAAAGAAAUCCAUUCUGUCCCCUGAAUCAGUAGAUGUGGUUCCUGUGUUGAAGCAUUCCUGGAACUGCCUUAUUGUGGGAUGGGGGAGUUGGUCAGUGUCUGAAGAGCCGUACUUCUUGGAUGGUUGGGUGUUUAUCAACAUGGAAGAAAAUGAGGACAGUGUAUUCUAGUACUCAGGGAAGAAAUGUGGGAGCAUGGGGAAAUUUAUGAAAUGACUUCACUUGGAAUGCCAACUGCUGCACCUUAAUAAAGGUAAAAGUGGGGAAAGUGGAGACAAGAGUGAUCAAAGUCUGAAGUAACUUCAACAAGGGGAAAGCUUGUAUUAGGGGAGGGAUGUGGAAUUAGGCAUGGAAGGGAAGAAGUAGACAGAGAAAAUCAGGAUUCUAGACAAUGACAAAGGAUUGUGGAAGAUAAAAAAAAUCUAGAUAGUGACAUUGACACUGUGAUGGCCAUGACUUUGAACAAUUUUAUUUGUGAAGAAUAAAGCUAGGCAUGAUGAGUCCACAUAUCUUCAAAAGCCAUGUUUCUGAAUACAAACCGCCCAGAAACAACAGCAAGAAAAGCCCUUGCUGUCAUAUCCUGCUUAUGAGCUUUCCAUGGGCAUCUGGUUUGCCAUUAGAGUAACUGAAUGUUGAAUUAGAUGAAUUUUUGAUCCAAUCCAGCAGACAGGCUACUUUUAUGGGUUUAUGAGACUAUAAUUUCUAUAAUAGUAGGGUGUGAGUGUUUUAAGGAAGUUUUUUUUAAGAUUAGUCCAAAUAAAAUAAUAUCUGCAUUUCCAAUUAUGGUGUACUCUCUGUUCAUUGGAAUUAAGAAAGACUUCUCCACUUAACUCUGUUUCCUUUCCUAGUAAGAAAAGUGAAAGGCUAAGUUGAAUGAUGUGGAAUGCAUUCAUCCUAGUUAGAGGGGAUGAUCCGUAAAUAGAAAAACAAAGCAUGUUUAUUGUUGAUCCUCAUUAAAAUAAUUCCAUCUUCAUAGGAUGGAACCCGGGAUUUUAAGAUGAACCAUGUUUGGAAAUCAUGUAUUAGGACUAAGCUCUUUUUAGUUUCUUCAAACUAUAGAAGAAGAGAGGGAGGGCUGGAGGAGUGAGCGAACAAAAGAGGGAGAAAGCAGCUCUGCUAAAUUGUUCCACUCUUGAAUCUAAGAUUGAAAACAGGAGAAAUUGUCCUUGUAACUUCAGAAAGCUAUUGCUCUGCCACUGGGCCAUGUGUCUAUCAUUUUCUUUGAAAUGAUUUCAUUUGUAAAACUGUGGGGAAACAGAUAGGACUUCAAAAGACCGAUAAAAGUCAAAGGCAGAUUAUGAAAGAGGCUUUGAAGAAAAAUCCCAAGAACUGGUAUUAACAAACUGUAGCUGGCAAGCAUGGAUUUAAGCCAAUCAAGGACCCUCUUGCUACUUCAGGCUGGUGUCUAUUCUGUUUAGGUAGAUGACACUUUUGUUUGAUCCCAGCAUUUGCUAAUAUAGCUCCUUGGAAGAUGGAAAUGCUAUAUAGUUGCUAUUAUUCUGAGUAUUGGCAGAAUAUGCCAUAAUUUAUCCACCUAGAACAGGGGUGUCAAACUGCCGGCCCACAGGCCGGAUGUGUCAUCCCAAAACCACACCCACCCCAUUACCGGCAAUGGAGGAAAAAGCUCCGAUAUGUUGCGCGACGUCAUGUGACGUCACGAGUUUGACAUGCCUGAUCUAGAAAGAUGGUCCUUAAGCUUCAAUUCCAGAUAAUGAUCUUUAGAGCUCCAUUCCCCAUUUAGCAUCAAUCGUGGUGACAUCAACUUCCCCUGCAGCUGGCAAUAUUUGUACCUUUUAGCAAAUAACUCCUGUAAAUUGAAGGGCUGGCCUAAUAAUUAAGGAUGGAUCAUACUUGACUGAAGAAAGAAGAAGGCUUUAUAGUAUAUUUUCUGU